AUGAGAAGGGCAACACUUGCGAAUAACUCCAGCCCAAAUAGCCUUGGAAUAAGGGCAAUUAAAGAACAAAAGAUCAAUAUUCUCCAUAUCAUUCCAACAGAGACAACAAUUGGGGAUAGAGAUGUUCCUGUGGGAAAGGAACUCCUGAGUGGGGAGGGAACUAGUGAGGGCACACCAUGUAAUGAAGCUAUGUCUGGGGAUGUGGGCUUCCAAGCUUCUCCAACGACAGCAACCUCCAAGCUUCUUCGGCGACAGCAACCUUCAAGCAUCUCCGGCGACAGUCAACCUUCAAGAAAUGAUGAACUCCAACGAAUAUUUCGUCACUUGGAUGCUGAUGGUAAUGGGAAAAUCUCAGGAUCUGAACUCAGAUCCUACCUUGCCUCUAAAAGGGAGUUCAUGUCACCUGAGGAAGCUCAAGGUGUGACCAAUGAACUCGAUGCAGCUAGCGGUGACAGUUUGAUACUCAGCUUUGAUGAUUUUGCAAUGUUGAUGGAGCGUGAAGGUGGGGAUGAUGAUCUGAAAAGAGGCUUUCAGAUGUUCGCUGCGAAGAGUUCUGGGUCCAUUACAUUGGAGGGCUUGCAGAGGAUAUUUGGUCGCCUUGGAAACAAAAUGUCGAAUGAAGAGUGCAAGAGCAUCAUACAGGCAUUCGACUGCAACGGCAAUGGUGUGAUUGAUUUUACCGAGUUCCAGCAGAUGAUGGCUUAA